ACCCUUUAAAAUAUAUAUAAUCUUUCGUCAUGACUUCUCGCCGCUCAGUUUCUUCAAAUAAGAAAUCUCAACUUCGUUAUAAAGCUCUCAAGGCUUCUCGCAAAACUGAAAUAGCUCGACUUAAGGAACAAACAGAAUCUCUCCAACGAAAAUUGGAUAAAAUGAAAGAGCGAAACGAAUCUCUCUUUGAAAAGAAUGUUCAUUAUUUGACUUCCGGUUGGAAGUUACAAGAUCAAAUUGAGGAAAUGGAGGAAAAGGUUAAUGCUCUUGAACAAGAGCAAGAUAAUUUCAAAGAUACCAUUUCAGAGCUUCGUUCUUUUAAUCGAAAUCUUGGUCGGCUGCUUCUCAGUCUCAAAGAAGAAAACCUCGCUUUAAAGAAACUAUUAUAA